CUCUCCCCUUUUAUCUCUCCUGCCACCAGAGCUGUGGCUGGAGAAGCACAGACCUGAGAGGGAUGGGAACAUCUAGCCCCUGACCAUGGCUUCCUCAGAAUCCACCAGAAGGGUUAAGAUCGUGCUGACACCCGAGGGAGAGACACCCGAGGGAGAGACACCUGAGGGAGAGACACCUGAGGGAGAGACACCUCGGGAAGCGACACCUCGGGAAGCGACACCUCGGGAAGCAGCCGUGUCCAUCCAGGCCUGGUGGCGGGGCACCCUGGUGCGCCGGGCGCUGCUGCACGCCGCGCUCAGCGCCUGCAUCAUCCAGCGCUGGUGGAGGCAGGUGCUGGCCAGCGAGCUCGAGGCGCGGCGCUGGGCGGUGCUCCGUGCGUACUCGCUGAGGGAGCGGGCGGCGGUCAGGCUGCAGUCCUGGGUCCGCAUGUGGCGCAUCCGCCUCCGGUACUGCCGCCUGCUGCACGCCGCCCGCAUCAUCCAGCUGUACUGGCGCUGGCACAACUGCCACACCAGGGGCUUCAUCCAGGGCAAUUACGACAUCAAAGAGAACCAGCUGAACCUUCGCCUCGAGGUCUCCCUGGGCUCACAGGUCUGCAAAAUACACCAGUCCACACCUCUCCCAAUAAAGGAAACGUCAGACCUGUGA